AAAAGCGUAGAGUGUGAACAUCAUAAAUCAGCGUGAAGAUAGGCUGCAAGAGAGUUGACAGUUCUGAAUUAGAUUUGUAAACAAAUAUUAAAAUUCCCUUCAUUACUUCCAAAAUAUAAAGAAAAAUCGGUCAAGAUGGGUAAAAGACAGCAUCAAAAAGAUAAAAUGUACCUCACGUACACGGAGUGGAGUGAGUUAUAUGGCGGCAAAAAAGUGGAGUCUUUGGAGAACGACCAUGUCAAGUUCAAGCGCCUUCCAUUCGAGCACUGCUGCAUCACCUUGGCGCCCUACGAGAUGCCCUACUGUGAUCUACAGGGCAAUGUCUUCGAGUACGAGGCCAUCCUGAACUUUCUGAAAACCUUCAAGGUGAAUCCUAUCAGUGGACAGAAGAUGGACGCCAAGUCCCUGGUCAAGUUGAACUUUUACAGGAAUGCCAACGAUGAGUACCACUGCCCCGCCUUGUUCAAGCCCUUCAGCAAGAACUCGCACAUCGUGGCGGUGGCAACUACAGGAAAUGUAUACUGCUGGGAAGCCAUCGACCAGCUAAAUAUCAAGACCAAGAACUGGAAGGAUUUGGUGGACGAUACUCCAUUCCAGCGCAAGGACAUCAUCACCAUACAGGAUCCCCAAAGGCUAGAAAAGUACGACAUCUCCACGUUCCAUCACAUUAAGAAGAAUCUGCGCGUUUUAACAGAAGAGGAGCAGCUGGAGAGAAAGAAUCCCGCCAGCGGGCGAAUUAAGACCAUGAAUCUGGAGACAAAGGAGACGCUCGCCCAAUUGCAACAAGAUUACCAGCCUGCGGAGGAGGAACCCUCCACCUCAAAGCGGACAGCCGACAAAUUCAAUGCAGCUCAUUACUCAACGGGAGCGGUGGCCGCCAGUUUUACGUCCACCGCAAUGGUUCCUGUGUCCCAAGUAGAGGCGGCCAUAAUAGAUGACGAUCUGGUGAAGUACGAGCGUGUUAAAAAGAAGGGUUAUGUUCGAUUGAAUACCAAUCUUGGCCCUCUCAACUUGGAGCUCUUCUGCGAUCAAAUUCCUCGAGCCUGCGACAACUUUAUAAAACACUGCGCCAAUGGGUAUUACAAUAAUGUAAUGUUUCAUCGAUCUAUAAGGAAUUUUAUUGUGCAAGGAGGUGAUCCCACGGGCAGUGGUUCUGGUGGCGAAUCUAUUUGGGGCAAGAAGUUCGAGGAUGAGUUUAAGCCAAACCUCACUCACACAGGACGUGGUGUACUUUCUAUGGCCAAUUCGGGACCCAAUACCAAUGGCUCUCAGUUCUUCAUAACCUAUCGCUCCUGCAAACAUCUUGAUGGCAAGCAUACAAUUUUUGGCAAGCUCGUCGGUGGCUUAGACACUCUGCAAAAGAUGGAAAAUAUUGAGGUGGACAACAAAGACAGACCGAUUGAAGACAUCAUUAUUGAAACCUCACAGGUCUUUGUGAAUCCCUUUGCCGAGGCAGCUGAACAAUUGGCCAAGGAGCGCGAGGAGGAGGCGGCCAACAAGCAGGAAACUGCCAAGAAAGAAGAGCAGCAAAAGCGGAUGAAGGAGCCGUUGAAAGUGUACAGGGAAGGCGUAGGAAAGUACCUAAAACUUCAGCCAGUGGCCAAGAAACCUGACCUAUUACAUUCAACGGCCCAAGCAGGAAAAAAAAAACUGUCCAAUGGUUUUGGAAAUUUCUCCAGUUGGUAGUGAUUUUUAGAAAUACUUUAAGAAAUUGUAUGUAAUUAAAAAAGUUUUAAUAGUA